AAAAUGAAGCCAUUUAUACAACACGUAUUUAUUUAUUUAUUUUAAUACAGCACACCAGUGUUUCAUCAAAUCGUGCCCCCACAUCUUUUGACACGUAUAGUAAUAUGUUGUUGUGAUAAACAGCAGAUCUUUUUGGUACAUGCUGGUAAUUUGCCCAAAUCUGCGCCUAACUCCGUCAUUAGUCUGUUGUUGAGACGGUGAGGGUGAAAGGAGCCUUUUCACGGGGUGAAAUCACAACGAGCAGCAACAUUACACUGCUGGUGUCUCUUUGAAUGUGAAUCUGAUUACACUGUACUGACCACUGUCAUGUCUGAGGGAAUAAUUGGACCGGCCCUUCCACCGGGGUUCAGAGAAGACAGAAGUGACGAUUCGGACGGGGAGUCAGACGAAGCUGCAGGACCAGCUUUGCCACCGGGCUACAGAGCGAGGGGCAGCUCAGAGUCUUCUGAAGACAGCGAAGAGGAUGAGAGGCACUUUAAGAGAGAAAGACAGAGGAAAGCUUUACCCCAAGGCUAUCCCAUCAAGUCAGACUCCGAGGAGGACACAGAUGGCCCAAAACCCAGCAAGCAGCCGCGGAUACAGUGCACAGAGCAGGAGGAUGACAAUGAUGAUGGCUUCUUUGGACCUGCACUCCCACCUGGAUAUCAAAAACAGCAUGAGUCUCCUGAGAGGCCUGUUGUUGGACCAGCGUUGCCCCCUGGCUUUCGAAAACCAGACCACGAUGAGGAAGAUGAAGACUACACAGGCCCUGCAUUGCCCCCUGGCUACAGUGAAGCAGCCUCUGGCAGUGAUGAAGAUGAAGUUAUUGGUCCUUUGCCUUCCAAAGGGCCAGUGGAAUACAAUGUUGCCAUGGAGUUUGAACGCAGGGCCCAAAAGAUGAAAGAAAAGCUUACUUCUGGAGAUGAUGGAUCCAAGGACCUUGCGCGGGAGAGCUGGAUGACUGAACUCCCCCCAGUACUACAGCACAUUGGCCUGGGAGCCAGGACUUUUAAAAAGCGUGCUGGCCCCGAGUCCAAAGACCGGUCACUGUGGACAGAGACACCGGCCGACAAGGAGAAGAAAAUAAGGGAACGGCUUGAAGGAAAAGAGACCUCUGAACCAGAUAAGGAGGAAGAUGUCCAGGUUUCAGAAAGAGACAGAAGACUUGCAGAGCAGGUCUCCAUCCACAAUAAUUCAAAGCGGUCUGAGUCCCUUAUCAACAUGCAUAGCAAGAAGCUGAAGAAGAAGGCCAAGGCCGAUGCAGAGAAGGCCAAGGAGAGGAGGGCCUUCAACCGAGACCAGGACCUGCAGGUGAACCGCUUUGACGAGGCCCAGAAGAAGGCUGUCCUGAAAAAGUCUCAGGAGCUCAACACACGCUUCUCACACAGCAAAGGCAGCAUGUUCUUGUAGAAACAUGCCCUCCAUGGAGCUUCUCCUCUGUCUUGUUUCAGAUGAGGGGUCUUUUCAUUCUGCUGUGAGCCAUUGGAGGAAAUGUAGUUGCAGCAGAUCAUUUCCUAGUAGCAGGAACUGGCAGUAAAAAAUUACUUUCUUAACUGGAACUAAUUUCGCAUGGCUCCUCAAUGGCAACUACCCCCAAGAAGUCCUCGUUGAAGGGGUUGAAUAUUGGCACCGGUCCUGAGUGAUGCCAUACCAUGCAGCCAUUUCAGCAGCAUGAAUGCGUGACUCUUUCUUUACCUUUUGAUUUCUUUUGUAUUACAUUGCAUCAGAUUUGUAGACAUGCUUGUUUUUUGUCAGUGUUAGCAGUUUUGUUCAAAGUGUUGGCAGUUUUUAGUUGUCUUUUUUUAAAGGAUAAAAACACCUAUUAAACUAGAACUAAAAAAAAGUUUUAUUAUUCAAGACUGGAAGAAGAGCUUUGAAAUAUAUCUCACUGUGCAUUACUAGACAAAUAGAUGUUUUUAUUGUUUCUUCCUGCAUUGGAAGUGUACAGUACAUUUUAAUAAAAAAACUAAAUGUUUGUGUAAUAUACAAAAUAAUCUGACUUGCCAUGCUAAUUAGUAUAUUAAGUGGGUUUCCUGAUUACACUAGCUUUGGGGUCACUUUUGGGGACUUUAUUACACCCUCUUGCUAUAGACAUGUGGUAUACCCUUGUGUAUUUCUUUGUAUCACACCCUCUUGCUGUAGACUUGCGGUAUACCCUUGUGUAUUUCUUUGUAUCACACUCUGUUGCUAGACAUGUGGUAUACCCUUGUGUAUUUCUUUGUAUCACACCGUCUUGCUAUACACAUGUGGUAUACCCUUGUAUUUCUUUGUAUUACUGGGUGCAUUUUCUUCAUGCUCUUCACUUCCUUUUACAUGCAGUGAGGUCCUUCAAAAGACAAGGGCUCUCUGGAGGGGCUGUAAGAACAAGACAAACUUUAAGCCUUGUUUAAAGUCAUGCUUGUGUAGUCAGAAUCAUGUCUAACCUCCAAGUACAUGGUCCAUCAGACUGUAACAAUUAUUAACAACCCUUUCUCCGUAGGUAUAAGGAAUUAAAUUCCACAUAACCUUCAAUAACUUUGAAAUAUCACGUUUUGCCAAACAGCGAUUGUAAAUAAUCUGUCUGCCAGCAUUCUAUACUCUGACUUGUUGAAUGAUCUACUGAUGUAUUUACUCAUUAAAUGUUUUUUUCCUCCAAGUCAUAAUAUGAAAUAAUGUACCAAGACAAUCAAUCUGAUUGCCAUUAGGUGUGCUAGUAUCCAACGACAAUUCUGCUUGACUGCACUGACUGAAAAUGCACAAGCAUUACUUCUGAAUUCUAUCACCAUAUGCAACAACACAACAGA